GCGGACAAAAGACGUAAUCAAAAGAUACCAUGAUAUCAGGGUAAUAGGCCGUAAUCCCUAUCACAUGACCCACUGAACGCUACCUAAAGCGAAUGAGCUAUAAAUUUACUUCGCACCUCUAACGGUCACAAAUGGUCCGCACCAUCGCACAGACCAGCACGUGUCUCAUAAAGCUCCUCGUUGGUUUUUCGGGCUGAAAUUUCAUCAGCGUUGAAUUUUAACGCGAUUCAACUUGUCAGGUUCGAACUAGAGUUGGUUGUUUCGUUGUCUCGAUUUUUGGAUUGGUUUCUUCUGAGAAGGUCCUUGUGAUAUUGCCAUGCCAAAGUCGUUCCUCGUGAAAAAGGCGAAACGCCGACUCGACGAAGCCGGAGAAAAUAAUCUCACGUCCUCUGACAAACGAGAGCCAAGUCAUGAUCAGUCUCCCACAACAGUGCGCUCCAUGUUGAAUCACGGGAAGCACGAAGAGGACACACAGAGAACGUUACACCACAUCAUCACAAAGGAUCCACCUGGAGAGAUGAUGGAUGCUGCCAGAAACGGUUCCGCAGUUUAUAGCGGAAGACCAGCUGAAAGGUUAGCGGAAAAUUGGCCUCUCGUGCCCCACAUGUUUUUCUUCCCACCUUUGCCAACACAAGGUAAUUCUCUCGCCGAAUGUUGUGCGCCUCUAAAGGUGCAAGUCUUGCCGCAGAACUUGUUCAAAGAUGGCCACUCUCCACCAAAUGAACUAAGCAGAGAACGUGCACACAGACUAAACAUGAUCGACGAAAAGAUACCAAAACAUGUAGAAAUACUAGGAGCAAUCAGAAAUAGUGAAAGCAUCCCGCCUUGGCUCUUAGAUUCUGCGCCAGCGUUUUGGAAAUCAAGACUAACUAAUGGACCACUCUAUCAUCUUUCCAAUUUCAAUUUUCGCGAUUCGAGGACGAACGGAGAGCGUAUUGAAAUGAACCCUCUUCAUUUUCACCCUUUUGAGAAAGCGGUUCUUGAGUCAAGGAAGAGAAAAAUUGUGGAUACUGAAAGGGAAAUCUUGUCGCCUCAAAGUUAUUGGCAUCUCGAAACAUCUGAUCUACCUGCGGCCAAGUGGAAAAAAUGUUGGAAAAGCCAAGAACACGGAGAGGGGAAACAUCAAGAGUCAGAUAAAGAUAAAAAUAGCGGACAGGAAAAGAAGUUGAACCAAGCGAGUAACAUGCAACAUAUGGAAGAGUCAAGAAAAUUACUGGGCAAAGUGGUCACAAAUCGUAUGGAAUCUGAACACAACCCCAGGAAUAUUAAACACCAUCAAGAUCCUAAAGAUUGGCGCAUUGCUGUGCCGAGCAGAUUGGCAGACGGAAUGUUCAAUUAUAAUGAUCCGUGUUCGUUGUGGGGACAGAAUGCAAGUGUAACAAGCUCUAUGUGGGUUCCUGACGUAUUAAAGACUGCACCAAAGGAAGAUAUCAGUGGAAAUGCGACUGGAUCUAAAGGAAAUAAAUUCAGGCCGUUCAAAACAAAGAGGGAAGGAGAGGUUUCUUGUGCAGCCAAAGAGGAAGCUGCGGUCUUUAGUCAGAAGGAAGCCAGGAAAACUUUCCAGGCCAAGCUGACUUCUGAAAACCAAGUGGAGUGGUUUAAAAAGGGCACGCCUAGUCCAAAACUGAAAAAGGAAAAUUCCAAUGACAACAAAUCUAUGUUUAGUUUCUCUAACGACGAAGAUCGCGUUCGAGAUUUUCAAAGGAAUUCGAGGACAGAAGAACAGAUUUCUAAGGAUGAAACAAGAAGUUCACCAGAUCACAGUACUAUCAAAGAGGUUAAUUUGCAUAAACUUGUGACACUUGGGCACGAGAAUAUUGAUUUAUCUAGACGUUUUAGCCCGGUGGAAAUUAAAGAUAGGAAAUUCUCUCCUGUUUCUUUCGGAUCUCCAGAACGAGUAAGCCCUAACAAAGACGCGAUCGACUUAAAGAAAAGAAAAGACUCUGACUCUUUGCAGUUCCACCAAGACGUCAAAAUGAACGUUGUUGAAAAGUCAGACGACAAGGUUUUUUCGUAUUCCUCAUCGCUUUGGCUUCUCAGCAAAGAAUCCUCUAGAAUACCACAGGGGAGUGUUCACCCAAAACUACCUGUUAUAACUUCCAGCCCUUCCUUUUGGAUGACGAAAAAUGGAGGGUUUGGUGUUGAAAGUCAACUUGGACUCUUAACGAGCAAACCUCAUGAAAAUGCCAAAAAGGAAUCCCCGAACGGGACUCACAUCCAUAAAUGUGAAAUAUGCAAUAGUGCCUUCCCCCUUCGACGCAAGCUCAACCAACACCUAAAAACACAUUCAUUCUAUAAACGUUACACCUGCUCCUACUGCGACAAAGGUUUCAAUGACACCUUUGACUUGAAGCGUCAUGUAAGAACACACACUGGAAUAAAACCAUUCAAGUGUGAGCAGUGUGACAAGUCGUUCACUCAACGAUGCUCGUUGGAGGCACAUCAGACACGGGUCCACGGCAUCGUGCAUAAGUUUGGCUUCCGCGAGAGACGCUCGAAGAUGUUCGUUUGCGAAGAGUGUGGAGCCACGUUUAAAGACAACCAAUCAGAAUUCAUGACCCACAUGGCGAGUAUGCACCCGGAUCGUGAGAAAGGUCCAUGGAUGAACAAGAACACAAACCUCUGUUCACGAGUUAUUACAUUUUGAAACACUUCAUUAUUCCUAUUAUUAUCAUCAUGAUUAUCAUUGACACCAUCUUAAACAUAGCUAGAACGCGCGCGUUUUCUUAAGUUAUUAUUCCUCCUAAACUCCAAGUUCUAGGUUUCUUCACGGAGGAGGGAAAGAUCGUUUAAUGAUAUAAGUUUCCUGUAAACAAUUUAUGACGACGUCCUCGCAUUAACUGAUCCAGACAGAUAGAUAGAGAUAAUGUUCUCUAUGCAUUUUUUAUACAACUGAAAGCGGGGAACUGAAUUUUUUUUAACAAUUUGGAGCAUCUUAGGCUAGCGAUCAUUUGUCCUCCCCUGGGGUGGGAUGGGUGGGAGGGUGGA